AUGGAGAGUUGUUAUUCUCGGCAGAGAAGAUUUCUUAUUUCUGUCUUUCUUUUAAAUGUAUUAAUAUAUUGGGGAGGAUAUUGGAAGGUGAGUGGUUGCUUCGAUUCCGAGAGAAAAGCUCUCACCACCAUCCAGAAGGCUCUGAACGAUCCCUCCAAUAUUCUUUCUUCUUGGGAUGAUGCCUCUGACUCCUGCAAAUGGAGAGGAAUUACCUGCCACAACACUCAUUAUGACGGGUUCCUUAUUAAUGGCGGAAUUGAUCCGGCUUUGGUGGAACUGCAGCAUCUUCAGCUCCUGGACUUGAGCUUUAAUGCUCUUGAUGGUGCACCAAUUCCAGAUUUCCUGGGUUCAAUGAAGGAGUUGAGGCAUUUGGACUUAUCAUGGGCAGGAUUCGGCAGGAGAAUCCCUCAUCAGCUUGGAAACGUCCCUAAACUCAUUUCCCUAGACCUUUCUUAUUCUUCUUUGAGUGCCAAAAACCUUUGGUGUUUGACAAGCCUGCCUUCUCUCAAUUACCUCGACAUGUCUUAUGUGAACCUUUCCAUGGCAAGCCAUGAUUGGGUGCACGUAAUGAACAUGUCUCCUUCCCUCAUUGAGCUAGCCUUAUACCAUUGUGGACUUUCAUAUAUUUCUCCAAUUCUUCCUUCUGUUAAUUUCACAUCUCUCCGUCUCCUUGAUCCAUACUUGUUGCUGGGAUCAACUGAUGAUAACCUGAGGGUUGAUUUGUCAGAGUUCCUUGAAGGCAGCUGGAGGAAGCUGAAGAUACUUCAUCUAUCUUUCAGUCAGCUGCAUGGAGGAAUCCCCAUCUCUAUUUGGAAUAUGACAUCACUUGAGUCUCUGUUUUUGAAUGCAUGCAAAAUGCAUGCGGCCAUUCCUGAUUGGUUAUAUGAGCUCAAAAAUCUUAAACGCCUUUCUCUAUCCGAUUGCAUGCUGACAGGCCCAAUCCCUGCAGCUCGGCUUGGAGGAUUGUCUUCCUUAGAAGAACUAGAUCUCUCAGGGAGUCAGUUGAAUGGAAAUAUCCCUGCAGCUCUUGGAGGAUUGUCUUCCUUAGUAGAAUUAGAUCUCUCAUGGAAUCAGUUGAAUGGGACAAUUCCAACAACUUUAGGACAACUUUCUAACUUGUUUUUGCUUGACCUCUCAAACGUGUUUGAAGUGGAUGAACGUGAUGAUCCAGCUCUGGUUGAACUGAAGCAUCUUCAGUUCUUGGACUUGAGCUUUAAUGCUUUUCAUGGCGCACCAAUUCCAGAUUUCCUGGGUUCAAUGAAGGAUUUGAGGCAUUUGAACUUGUCAGAUGCAGGAUUCAGUGGGAGUAUCCCUCAUCAGCUUGGAAACCUCUCUAAACUCAUUUCCCUGAAGCUUUCUUCAGAUUAUUCUUUGAGUGCCAAAAACCUUUGGUGGUUGACAAGCCUACCUUCUCUCAAUUACCUCGACAUGUCUUUUGUGAACCUUUCCAUGGCAAGCCAUGAUUGGGUGCACGUAAUGAACAUGUCUCCUUCCCUCGUUGAGCUAAGGUUGCUCGAUUGUGGUCUUUCAUAUAUUUCUCCUACUCUUCCUUCUGUUAAUUUCACAUCUCUCCGUGUCCUCGAUCUCCGUUUUAACGACUUCAACUCUACCAUUCCAAACUGGAUAGCUAACAUUAGUAGCCUCGUGUCCUUGUAUCUCUCACGUAACAACUUUCAUGGUGAGGUUCCUUAUCAAUUUUCACUACUUCCUAACUUGGAGGAGUUGUGGUUUGGAUCAACUGAUGAUAACCUCAGGGUUGAUUGGUCAGAGUUCCUUGAAGGCAGCUGGAGGAAGCUGAAGAAACUUCAUCUAUCUUUCAGUCAGCUGCCUGGAGGAAUCCCCAACUCUAUUUCGAAUAUGAUAUCACUUGAGUUUCUCGGUUUGUCAUUCGGUGAGAAUAUAACGGGUAGCAUUCCAAGAGCCAUAACUAAGCUUAUCAAUUUAGAGAGCCUGUCUUUGUAUGGAUACAAAAUGCAUGCGGCCAUUCCUGAUUGGUUACAUGAGCUCAAAAAUCUUAAACACCUUUCUCUCCAAGAUUGCAUGCUGACAGGCCCAAUCCCUGCAGCUCGUCUUGGAGGAUUGUCUUCCUUAGAAGAAUUAGAUCUCUCACGGAAUCAGUUGAAUGGAAAUAUCCCUGCAGCUCUUGGAGGAUUGUCUUCCUUACAAGAAUUAUCUCUCCAAGAGAAUCAGUUGAAUGGGACAAUCCCAACAACUUUAGGACAACUUUCUAACUUGGGUUGGCUUGACCUCUCUGACAACUCCUUGACAGGAAACGUGUCUGAAAGUGUUUUUGAAAACCUCAAAAAGUUGACGUCCUUAUAUUUGUCUUCCAAUUCUUUGGUUUUUGUUCCACACUCUGAUUGGGCCCCUCCAUUUCAGCUUUUUGACAUUUACCUAAGUUCAUGUCAUUUAGGUCCUCGAUUUCCUCUCUGGCUACGAACACAAAAAUACGUACAAGUGUUGGAUCUCUCUGACACAACCAUCUCUGGCAUCAUCCCCACCUGGUUUUGGGAUUUAACACCCCAACUUCGUUCCUUGAACCUUUCAAAUAACCACAUUUUUGGCCAAUUGCCCAACCCUUUAAAAAUGCAGCCUCAAUCCUUCAUUGAUUUGAGUUCGAAUCAUUUCAAUGGUCCCAUACCCUGCAUAUUGAAUGGAGCCAGAGUACUUGAUCUCUCCAACAAUCAAUUUUCAGCCCCAAUCCCACCCAAUUUUACAUCCACAAUGCAGUAUUUAGAAUACUUUUGUGCCAAAGGUAACCAAAUCAAUGGCACGAUUCCCUCAUUCAUAGAAGGAAUGAAAUCCUUGACUGUCCUUGACCUUUCUCGAAACAAUAUUGGUGGUAUCAUUCCAUUGAGUUUGGGUAAUUGUGUAGCCCUUGAGGCAGUUGAUUUGAGCAACAACAGGUUAUCAGGAGAAAUACCCAGGUCCCUGGGUCAGUUGCGUCGACUCCGAACAAUGCACUUGAGCAACAAUAGCCUAUCAGGAAAAAUCCCUUUGUCCCUGAAGAAAUCUUCUAGUUUGGAGACUAUGGACCUUGGAUACAACAAUUUCUCAGGUCAUAUUCCCACUUGGAUUAGCAAAAGCUUUCCAACUUUAAGAAUUCUGCGCUUACGAUCCAAUAUGUUUACUGGCAACAUCCCAUCACAACUAUUAAACCUAACUUCUCUUCAGCUCCUUGAUGUGGCACAAAAUUGUUUAUCUGGUUCAAUUCCUCAAAGUUUUGAAAAUCUCAUGGCCAUGAAGAAUGAGCAGAAGAUAAACCACGUUCGUUCCUAUGGAGGGAUGGGAUCAUCAUAUUAUGAGGAAAACUUGCUUGUGUCAAUGAAGGGGCUAGUGCUUGAAUACACAAGAACAGUUUCACUGGUUACAUGCAUGGACCUUUCAAGAAAUAAUUUGUCAGGAGAGAUCCCUGAAGGAUUCACAGGACUUUUGGGAUUGCGUGCUUUAAACUUAUCUGGAAAUCAUUUGACCGGAAAAAUUCCAGACAAGAUUGGUAAAUUGGCAUUGCUAGAGUCUCUUGAUUUCUCUGAAAAUCAGCUUUCAGGUACAAUUCCUCUGAGCAUGUCAAAUUUAACUUUUCUAAGUUGUUUAAACUUGUCGUUUAAUAACUUGUGGGGGAAAAUCCCAUCUGGAAAUCAGCUCCAGACAUUCCAAGAUCCUUCUAUUUAUAUGGGCAACAUCGGACUUUGUGGACCUCCUCUUCUAGAUAAAUGUGUUAGUGAUGAGACUCCUCCAGGUCCUGGUUACGUUGAAAAAGAUGAAGAAGAGGAUGAGAUGCGUUGGUUUUACUCUGGGUUGGGACCAGGAUUUGCAGUUGGAUUUUGGGCCUUAUGUGGCAUUUUAGUGCUCAAGAGGUCUUGGAGGAUUGUCUAUUACCGCUUCUUUGAUAAGAUGAAAGAUAGACUCUUUUAGUAAUUGUUAUAGGAUGUUAUACUGAAGAAGUUUGAUAGAAAUCAAAGUAAUGUGUAAUGAAUAAUUGUUGUAAUGUUGGAUGCUUCACAAAGGUUGGUU